UAUCACCUUUCAUUUGGCAGAAUAAACUUAUUCUCUUGUUUUUUUCAGUUAAACCUACAGUUUUUGCAGAAAGGCAUAGAAUGGCUCAGCAGCAGCAAGAUUAUGACAGUUACUGGGAGUGUUUGGGAUCCAUGAUGAACAAAUUCCAGCAAUGUGCUUACCAGCAUUCCCAGAGCAAGGUGAGGGAUGUCGGCCAAAGCAUCUGGGAGGCUCUUCAAACUAGUUCCCUGUUGCUGAAAUAUUGCAUCAUUGCCUUGAUUCAUAUAAUCACCCAACCCCUGAAGACCAUCUACCAGAUCCUACUGGUUAUUAUUGAACACUUUCCCAUCAACUUUCAGGACAAGAUGCAAAAACUUUCCCAUACCACAGAAGUACUCCAUGUUUCAGUCUCCACUCUUGAUUCCUUCCAAGAUCUCUCUAGACAAAUCCUCUCCCAAAUAUGGGAGAAAGUGACCAAGGAGGAGGAACAUAUGAAUAAGCUGCUGGAGUAUGUGGUGUACAGUACACCUCUCUGUUGGUUUGUGGGACCCUUCAAUGCUUUAAGAGGUAGAACAUAAGCAGGCUCCACAGAAACUACAGAAUAUGGAUAAGAAGGCGCACAUAACAAGUGACGCUGCAGAAGUUUGGAAACUGUUACAGGACAGGACUUCUUGGUGGAGCUAAUUUAUUUGUAGAACUGUCAAGUUUGUCAAACAGAAGCUUUUAUCUUUGUGAACUCCGCUCUGAGAUUAGAGCUGAGUCUCAGAAUAGCCUGGAAGUAAGUAUAUCUGAUUAUACCAUGGCUUCUAAUGGAAAAGACACAACUAUGGCAUCCCCUGAGCAUGGGGAGGAAGAGCAACAGAAUGUCUUGAGGAGGGUGGCCAGUCUACCUUUAGUCAACUCUGCCUAUGAUCUGGCUGCCACUGCCUAUGCUUCCACCAAGGAGAGCCAUCCCUAUGUGAGGUCCAUCUGUGACAUGGCAGAGAAGGGAGUGACCUCCAUUACCAAUGCUGCAGUUAGCAGCACACAGCCAGUUGUAACUAAACUUGAACCUGAGGCGACAACAGCAGAGGAGGGUGUUUCUGAAGUACCUGACAAAGUGGAGGAGAAUCUGCCAGUCCUUCAACAGACUGCUGAUGAGCCUACAUCUGAGACACAGGAGCUGGCCUCUCCCAGACUGACAGAUGUCAAGGAGACCAUGAUCAGAGUGGUAGAUAUGACCAAAGAGGCUGUGCAGGACAGUAUGAAGACCACCAAAUCAGUGGUAACUGACAGCAUGAGCACAGUUGUGGAAUCAAGAAUGGGCCAACUGGCCAUAAGUGGAAUGGAAGCAGUGCUGGAGAAAUCUGAAGAGCUCUUGGAUCACUAUCUGCCCAUGACAGAGGAUGAACUAGCUGAACUUGCUGAAGCUGUGGAAGGGGCUGAAGUGUCUUCAUCACAACCACAAGAGCAUCGGAGUUACUUCGUGCGUUUAGGUUCCCUGUCAACCAAACUUCGCCAACGUGCCUACCGCUACUCCCUGAACAAGAUGAGACAUACCAGUCAAAGCAUCAGAGAGGCUCUUUGCCAGCUUCAUGAAACCAUGGGACUGAUUGAAUACCUUAAGCAAGGUGUGUCUCUUCAAGAAGUCCAGGAGAAGUUCCAUCACAUAUGGCUGAGCUGGAAUAGAGAGCAGCCAAAAAGCAGUGACCUCAAGGAUUUGGCAAAACCAGAGAUGGAGUCUGAGACUUUGGCCAUAUCCCGCAGCAUUAUCCAGCAGCUGCAGGAUGCCUGCUGGAUGCUAGUAUCCAGCAUUCAAGGUCUCCCCACCAGCUUUCAGGAUAAGGUGAAGCAGAUGUAUCGCAACAUGGAAGAGCUUCAUGCAUCCUUCUCCACUGCCCACUCCUUCCAGGAUCUCUCCAGCAGCCUCGUAACCCAGAGCCAGGAGAUGGUGACCAAGGCCCAGGAAUAUGUAGAUGAGCUGAUGACAUACAUGAUGGAGAAUACUCCUCUGUCUUGGGUGGUGGGACCAUUCAUCCCAUCUGGUAAGGUGUCGGCAGAUGCCAUUGAACCACAAAACCAAGAAAAUGAGGCUGAGGAAGCCUCCAAGUCUAAGGAGGCCCUGUGACCUAGAAACCUGACACUUCAACUUCUAAAGAAGAAGGCAAACUCAUUCAGUCUUCCUUCUGACUUCACGUGUACUAGCAUACUUCAGGAAAGACACCAGUGGCUAGUACUCUUAUGCACUGUGCCUAAAUCUCUUUCCCAAUUUCUGGAGGUGUUGUGUGACUGCUAUAAUGUAGAUCACUUCUCAGCUCAGAUACUACUUGUUUGUGUUAUCACUGUCCGUCUUCAAAAUAAAAUGUCACUUCAUUUGAA